UUAUGAUGAGCUGAUGAGGUCUGGUUUUCCACACUGAACUAAAAUGAGCUUUCGCUAUGUCAGGCACAAGGCUGACCCUAGAAGCACACAUAGCACGUCUCAUAGAAGCUUUUAAUAGUUCAUAUUUACUAAAGAGUAGGAAUACAGAGCGAUGAAGAUGAGCUGGAAAUGACAGGUGACUUGCCAGCAGGCCAGAGUGUGCUUUUUCUUUGUCCCUCCAUGGAAGGUGUUAAUUCUCCCUCCAGUUGUGAGGAUCACUUGGUUCAUUUAUGGGAAGGUUGUCAGGGGACCUUUGAAUCACGGCCUUCAGAUGCCGGAAGAGAAGAAGGAAUCCCACACAGGCCAGUGGAUCAUGUGCGUGCAUCUCUCUCCCUUCUCAACUAAGGAAACUGAGAAUGAAAGAACGUGAGCGAGCAGAAAGGGAGAGGCGGCUGUCAGAGGUGGAAGAAACCAGGAAAUUAGCUCUAGAAAAAAUACCUAUCUGCGAGUGAGUUCAGAAACCCACACCAGCCUCUUGGGAAAGCCCCGCUGCAGUGUUUUGCUUUAAAUUUUUGUACAACGUUUAGACCCAGUUAACACAGAAAUGGAAACAAAUGGUCAGAAGAGAUCCAGAGAGAGAGAAUUCACACAAGAGAACAGAAAGUACCUUAAGAUUUAUCAGUGAUCAAAGCAUGUGAAGUAGCUAAAUAUCUCCUGACUGCAAUGCCGGCCAGACUGUGUGGAAACUCAGUUCAUACCAGCCGUUCUAGGGGUGGUGUGAGUUGUCAUCAUCCUUAGGAAAGCAUGUUGUUGUAGGAUCAACCCAUUCUUCAAAAGGACUGUGCCUGUUCAUCAGCUCAGCUGUGUCUGCCCUGUGAAAUAUGGCAAGGAUAUUAAUUCCAGGAGAAUGGAAUUUCAUGAUAAAAGAUGCCCAAUGAAGGAUGAAUUAGGGACAUACUGAAAAUGGGUACAGAUAGAUUGUGUAAGAGGUCAGUUGUGAGGACAUCAGGAACAUGGCAGAUUAUUUAAAAUCAUACUGAAGAUGGUGCUUUGUCUGACGAAAGUGAUUCUAAACCACAGGAAAACGAUUCAAGACAGACAAGAGCUGCGGCGGUGGGUAGAGGACUCCUACAGAUGCGAUGUAAGGAGCCUUCCUCCCCGCAGUUACAGGAUCCUUAAGCGCUCAUGAAGAUGAUGCCACAGCCCCUAGACUCUCUCAACAUACACUUUCUCAGGUGUUGGCUUUUUCAGAUCACUCCUUCUGCCGCAAGAAAGGCCCUCAACAACUGGGUAAGUUUUUUUUUUUCCCCCCUCCUUGCUUUUGGGCCAAAUCAGGACAUGGAUGUAUUUUUCUCCCCACAGCUCUGUGCCCAAGCCUUGCAGAGGGAGACGGCAGAGAGGAAGGCUGCCUGCAAGCAGCACAGGUCAAUUCUCCUCAUCCUUUCUCAGAAUGGCCCUAGUUGCCCGAUCUCAUGGCUGGCCCUUCAGGAUCACUGAUGGGCUGCCAGCCGCCUCCUCCACCUGGAUGUCAUCUGGGAACUCAACCACUCCCUCCAUCUGGAGGUUUUCUGGCACCUCAACAAACUCCUCCACUCGAGUGUCCUUUGGGAACUCAACCACCUCCACUCGACUGUCCUCUGGGAACUCAACCACAUCCUGCACUAGAGAGUCCCCUGAAAACUCAACCACCUCCUCCACUCGAGUGUUCUCCGGGCCCUCAUCCAGCUCCUGCAGCUAUCAGUCCUCCAGGACCUCAUCCACCUGCUGCAGUUGCCUGUCUUUCCGGAUCUCAUCCACCACCUGCGGCUGUCAAUCCUCCGGGACCUCAAUCACCCACCUGCUGCACCUGUUGGUCCUCUGGGACCUCAUUGACCCGUGGCAUGCGUCUGUCCUUCGAGACUUAAUCCACCGCCUGCAGCUGUCAGUCCUCCGGAACCUCAUCUACGUCCUGCAGCUGUUGGUCCUCUGGGACCUCAUCCGCUCCCUGCAGCUGUAGGUCUUCUGGGACCUCACCCACCUCCUGCAGCUGGUGGUCAUCUCAGACCUCAUCCACCUCCUGCAGCUGUAGGUCU